AUGGCAGGGGGAGAGAGGUUCUCCAAGCUCGACUUGUCUCAAGCAUACAUGCAAUUAGAGCUCCGGGAGCAAGAUAGGGACGUGUUGACGUUAAACACUCAUAAGGGAUUGUAUCAGCCGACCCGAUUGAUGUACGGAGUUGCGUCGGCUGUUGCUAUCUGGCAACGCGUCAUGGAAACAAUGCUGCAAGACAUUCCUGGCGUUAAAGUGUUUCUAGAUGACAUUAGAGUCACUGGAAAAGAUGAUGAGGAACAUUUGACGCGACUAACUGAAGUUCUUAAAAGACUGGACGAACGAAAUAUGCGAGUAAAUUUUGAGAAAUGCGAGUUCUUUGCUGAAAAGAUCAAUUACUGUGGCUAUGUGAUCGAUAAAGAAGGAAUACAUAAGGACCCCAAGAAGAUUGAGGCUCUUCAGAACAUGCCAAGGCCAAAGAAUAAGGAUGAAGUUAGGGCGUACAUGGGGUUUGUGCAGUAUUAUGGGAGAUUUUUUUCGAAUCUUAGUACAAAAAUGAAUCCGAUCACCAAUUUGCUAAAACAGGAUGGUCUCCUAAAGUGGGAUGACAAGUGUGAAGAAGCUUUCCAAUCCAUUAAAGAAGAAAUGAGCAGUGAGACGUUUUUAGCCCAUUACGAUCCAUCGAAGAUCUUGGUUCUAGCGGUAGAUGCAAGCCCUGUUGGAGUCGGGGCCUGCCUCAGUCAUAGGUAUGAAGACAAGACUGAGAAACCACUAUUUUACGCCUCACAGACGUUGACAGAUACACAGAAACGGUAUACCCAGAUUGACAAAGAGGCAUAUGCCAUCAUUUACGGGAUAAAAAAGUUUUAUUCGUAUUUGUAUGGUAGGGAUUUCGUUCUUAUUACGGACAAUAAACCGGUUUCGCAGAUAAUGAACCCAAACAAGGGAAUUCCUCAGUACACUGCUUUGAGGAUGCAGCAUUAUGCUGCCUUUUUAAAAGGUUUCAAUUUCACAAUUGAGCAUAGAUCCACAAAAUUGCAUGGAAAUGCGGAUGGUUUGUCCAGAUUGCCAUUGCCAGUAAAAUCGCAAUUCGAAACUGAUGAUCCUGAAGUUGCCCAGAUUAAUUUAAUAGAAACGCUUCCAGUGACUUGUAAAGAGAUUAUACAGGAAUUGGAGCAAGAGAUGGAAGUUAAGAUUUUGCUGGAGGGAUUGCGAUCGGGAAAGAGAGUGUCUAAGGAACACAGUUUUGGCAUUAAUCAAGAGGAAUUUUCGCUGAAGCAAGAUUGCUUAGUUAGGGGCCUUAGAACGUAUAUUCCGCGGAAGUUAAGAAGCAAGGUUUUGCAAGAAUUGCAUGUGAGUCAUGUGGGAACGAGCAAAAUGAAACAGCUAGCAAGAGCAUAUUGUUGGUGGCCUUCGCUUGAUAGAGAUAUAGAGGAUCUCGUUCACAAUUGCACACCCUGUCAAGAAAAUCGAGCUAACCCACCAAAGGUAGAAAUUCAUCCAUGGGAAGAAGCAAGCAAGCCUUUCCAGCGUGUACACGCUGAUUUUGCAGGUCCUAUUCACGGAAAAUGGCUUUUAAUCGUGGUAGACAGUUUUUCUAAGUGGCCGGAGGUAGCUGUAGUUUCGGAUAUUACGUCAGGGACAACGAUUAGAGAAUUGCGAAAAGUUUUUGCAACUCAUGGACUUCCGGAACAGUUAGUCACAGAUCAGGGACGGCAAUUCGUUAGUUGGGAGUUCCAACAGUUUUGUAAGAAUAACGGAAUUGUUCAUAAGAUGGGCGCGGCAUAUCACCCUGCCACUAAUGGUCAGGCCGAGCGAUAUGUUAGAACUAUUAAGGAAAAAUUGGCCAUUUUGAAAGAUGCGGAUAGGGACGAUUUGGAGCAAAAAUUAUCGUCAAUAUUGCUUAAUUAUAGGCGAACCCCCCACAGUGCCACAGGAAUAUCGCCAAGUGAGAAGUUGUUUGGCAGACAGAUUCGUUCUAGACUUGAUUUUAUUUUACCAGGGGAAGAGAGGAGUGGCGAAGGAGAGAGAAAGUCUCUGCGGAGUAGACAGUUAAAUGCGGGAGAGAGAGUUGGAGCAAGGAAUUACAGAGAGGGUGGAAAGAAAUGGAUGUUUGGAACGGUUACGAAAAGAUUGGGUUUAUUGCAUUAUAUUGUAAACAUGGACAAUGGGACUGUCUGGAAAAGGCAUAUAGAUCAAUUGAGAAAAGUAGGAAGUAGAGUAGGAACCGGGAACACAUUUAAUGAUGAUGAGAACUAUUGGGAAGCUUCCGAUAAUCAAAGAAGUGCAUUCGAAGAGACCACCACCGACAGUUCCCAUAAUGAUGAAGAAGAAUUUGAGGAUGCUCUUGACGAUAUUCCUCACCAGACAGAAAAUGAUUUGCAGGCCGGAGCGAUCGCGCCACAGCCCCACUGGGUAUCUGAGGGAAGACCAAAACGUACUAUAAGGCCGCCAGAUCGUCUGAAUCUCUAA